AGUUUCAGCUUCGCUUCUCUCUCUCUCUCUCUCGACUUUGCUUAAACCCUAAGAUUCACUCUUCGAUCCCAAGAUUGACGAUUAAAGAAAAAUAAAGAUGCGAACAUACAGAGCGCGCUCCCUCCCACUGUAUGUUGUGUGUGCACCUCUGCUCUGAUUGAUUGCUGAAAUGCCCAUUUCGAGGAGAAGAGAAAUCAAAUCAGGGCUCUUGCAACUAUUUCUCCUUUCUCUCUUUCUACUGUUCUUCAAUGCUUCUUCUCACCCUUGUGAUGAUGACCGCUGCAAAACUGGAUCCUGCGACGAUAAUGGCGAGUGCAUUUGUCAACUCCCUGACCCUUCCACCAUUUUGGAUGGUGACCGACCAUUCUUCGGGUAGGGGGAGGUUUUGUGAUGAGGAGCGGAUCAUGUGUGACGGGACUAAUUCCUUCUGGUGUGAACACGGGGCAACCUGUCAGGAGAUUGUCCAAGGAGAGAAUUAUACCUGUAAAUGCCGGCCGGGUUAUACUGGAAUUCAUUGUGAGAACAGUGGAGCGCCUUGUGGUCGGAUUUUCUGUUUUCACGAGGCAGAGUGCCUAGUUGAAGGUGAAACGUGUGAAUGUCCACCGGAUUGGACAGGGAGUGUUGACUGCUCUAAACCCACCAGGAGUCCUACAGAUAUUACAAAUUCCACCACUAACAAGUUGCCACAUGUUGAAAAACAUAACAACACAAAGUGGCUUGCAGUGGUCUUGGGCAUGUUAUGUUUUGUGGCAGCAGUUGCUGCUGUUGCCAUAUACAUUAAGAGAUUGUUCAAGCGAAAAGAAGAGACAACCUUAAAGUUCCAGCAGCUGUCUCAAAUGCAGACACAUGAUUUCUUGGAUGAUGAUGAUGAUGAUGAGAAUGAGUCAUUUGUUCCUGAGAUUCGGAGUGACGGUUCACAAAUUUAGAUGGUGUUAGACUGUAUGAAGUUAUGCAUAGUUUCCUUAAAGUUCUCUAGGCAAGUCUUUUAGCUCACGUGUAAUUCAUAACACAUUAACUCUCCUAAAAGGUUUGUUUUUCCUUUUGAUUGGCAUAACAGUUAAAAUGUUUGUUAUUUCUCUCUCUCUCUCUCUCUCUCUCUAAAGAUGGUAGCAGGUCUGUUUAAUGCUUAUGGAAAUUAAAUCAAGAUAUUGGUGUUCUUUUA